ACAUACACGGUCAACUGUCUUUUGAACGGAUCAUAAUGAGGAUUGAGUUUGUUCUGCAGCUGGGCUUCUACAGCCUGUGUCUAACUCUGACACUGCUUGAAGGAGGAAAAGCAGAGAUACUUCCUGAACCAUCUACUAUAAAUUGUGUAUGGAGCUCCUGGUCACAGUGGAGUUCUUGUGAUCCUUGCACAAAACAAAAAAGACGUUCUCGAGGCAUAGAAGUGUUUGGUCAGUUUAAAGGUGAUGCUUGUAAAGGAUCGAUUGGUGAGAGGCAGAAAUGCGUAACGACUGAUGUAUGUUUUACACCAACUGUCCAUCCUUGCAAAGACACAGAAUUCCAGUGUGGCUCAGGAGCAUGCAUUAAAAAGAGAUUACAGUGCAAUGGUGACUUGGAAUGUGAAGAUCAAACUGAUGAAGAUGAUUGUGAUAUUGUGCAUAGCCCUUGUGGUACAAAAAUACUUGAAAACAAUGAGCAAGGCAGAACAGCAGGAUAUGGAGUCAACAUCUUGGGUUCAGAUCCUCGAAUGAACCCUUUCAACAAUGAUUAUUUCAAUGGGAUGUGUGCUAAAGUGAGGAAUCCAACCACGAAGGAGUAUGACAGGCUUCCCUGGAAUGUUGGUGUUCUCAAUUAUGAGACUCUGGUGGAAGAAACUGUUUCCAAAGAAAUCUAUGAGGACACACACAGCAUCCUGAAGGAACUGAUGUCAGAUACAACUUUUAGCAUUGAUGGCGGAUUCUCUGCAAAAUUUAGGCCAAGCGAGCAGUCUAUGUCCAAUUUUUCUGGCGGGGUUGAUGCAAGUCUUGGAUAUUCAAGAAAAGACAUCAUUAAGAACAUCACAGAAUACAUCACCAUUAAGAACAAGAGCUUCAUGCGGAUAAAGGGCAGAGUACAGCUGAGCACCUACAGGCUGCGCUCCCGUGAUCUCCAUAUUGCUGACGAAUUUGUGGCUCAUGUCCAAUCUUUGCCUUUGGUGUAUGAGAAGGGUAUUUAUUUUGCUUUCUUGGAGGACUAUGGAACACACUACACCAAAAAUGGGAAGUCUGGCGGGGAAUAUGAACUUGUCUAUGUUUUAAAUCAGGACACCAUCAAAACGAAAAAGUUUACAGGGAGAGAAAUUCAAAACUGUUUCAAAGCUCAAAUCUCAGCAGACUUCGCUGGAUCGUCAAUAAGUGGAGAUGCAAGAAUAAAGCCUGAUUGGUGUAAUACUAAAUCAAAUAAUAAAACAGAUACCAAGGAAGGAAAAGCAAUGGUGGAUCAGGUGAUGACAUCAGUUAGAGGAGGAUCUAUAAAUGCUGCCAUUGUUAUGCGUGCAACGCUGAAUAAGGAGGGGGUGAUGAAUUUAGAUGCAUACAGGGAAUGGGCACGGUCCAUUGCCGAAGAACCUGCAUUAAUCAGCAGUGAGCCAGAGCCAAUCUACAAUAUAAUUCCAGUGGACAUUCCAGAUGCAAACGCCAGGAUAGCAAACAUCAAGAUGGCCAUACAAGAUUAUACGGCUGAAUACAGCAUAUGCAAGUGUAAACCUUGUAAGAAUGGAGGCACUGUCGCUCUGCUGGAUGGAGAGUGUAUAUGUUUGUGCCAUCCUCUGUUCGAAGGCUUGGCUUGCCAGAACUUUAAGAGUGAUAAAGCCUCAGAACAAGGUAAAGAAAGACCUGCUGUUGUUCAAGAGGGUAACUGGGCCUGCUGGUCGGCCUGGUCCAACUGUAGUGGAGGGAAACAAAGCAGGUCACGCAGCUGCAAAACAGACGGGCUUGUUGGAGCUUCAUGCAGAGGAGAAACUACAAGUGAAGAAUACUACAUGAAGGGUCGACAGCCUUUUCAAAGGAUCAUCAUGAGACUUAAAGUCGUUCUGCAGCUGGGCUUCUACAGCCUGUGUCUAACUCUGGCACUUCUUGAAGGAGGAAAAGCACAAAUUCUUCCUGAACCAACAGCUGUAAAUUGUGAAUGGAGGGACUGGUCGGAGUGGAGUUCCUGUGAUCCGUGCAGCAAAACCAAAAGACGUUCUCGAGGCAUAAAAUGGUUUGGCCAGUUUGAUGGUAAUGAAUGUCAAGGAUCAAUUGGUGACGUGCAGCCUUGUUUGACUACUGAAAGUUGUUCUUCAACUCCCAUUACUUGCAAAGAAACAGAGUUCCAAUGCGACUCAGGAGUUUGCAUCGAUAUGAACUUAAAGUGCAAUGGCGAUUUUGACUGUAGAGAUGGAACCGAUGAAGACCCGUGUGGGAUUAUUAGAGAAGCCUGUGGCACAGAAACGAUUGAUCCUGUUUCAGAAGGCAGUGCAUUAGCAUUUGGGUUCAACAUCUUAGGUAGCGAAUCUCGAAUGACCAUUUUCUACAAUAAUGCUAUCAAUCAGACAUGCAAUAAAGUAUGGAAUCCAACCAAAGGGAAGGAACAAAACCUUCCUUGGAAUAUAGAAUUAUUGAAGUAUGAGACUCUAAAGGAGGAAACCUUCUCCAGAGAUCUCUAUGAGGAUGCCUACACCCUCUUGAAGGAAUUGUUACAAGAGAUCAAUGCAAAUGUUGAUGGUGGGAUUUCCAUUAAAUUUGCCUCACAUCAGGUGUUUUUUGGAGCUAUCGAACAGAGGAAACAAACCAUUAAUGUUAUGGCAAAGUACACCACUAUUAAGAACAAGAGCUUUAUGAGGUUAAAGGUCAGAGUCCAGAAGGGCACUUUGAAGAUGCGCACCCAUGAGCCCCGUCUUACUUUUAAUUUCCUAGAACAUGUCAGAUCUUUGCCUUUAACAUAUGAGAAAGGUAUUUAUUUUGCCUUCUUGGAGGAAUUUGGAACUCAUUAUGGCAAAAGUGGGACAUUUGGUGGCCAUUAUGAUCUGAUCUAUGUUCUAAAUCAGGACAUCAUCAAAGAGAAAAAUCUGACAGCAAGAGACAUUGAAAACUGUGUCAAAACCAGCAUGAAAGGAGGAGGUUCAGACGUGAGGCCUGAGUGGUGUAUUACUACACCAUCUAACACAGAUACUAAAAAUGGAAAAUCACUGGUGGAGGAAGUGAUAAUAGAGGUCAUGGGAGGAUCUUCACUUUCUCUUAUUUUUACAAAGACAAAGCUGAAAAGUAUGGGAGUGAUGGAUCAAGAUACAUAUAAUGAAUGGGUUUACGAUUCCUUAUCCAGCUACGAUGUAGCACUCAGCCGUGAGCUAGACCCAAUCUACAAUAUAAUUCCAGUGGGCAUUCCAGAUGCAACAACCAUAAAAUCAAACAUCAAGAUGGCCAUACAAGAUUAUAUGGCUGAAUACAACGUGUGCAAGUGUAAACCUUGUCAGAAUGGAGGCACAGUCGCUCUGCUGAACGGAAAGUGUGUAUGUUUGUGCCAUCCUCUGUUCGAAGGCUUGGCUUGCCAGAACUUUAGGACUGAUAAAGCUUUACAAGGUGAACAAAGACCUGCUGUUGUUCCAGAGGGUAACUGGGCCUGCUGGUCGGCCUGGUCCAACUGUAGUGGAGGGAAACAAAGCAGGUCACGCAGCUGCAAAACAGACGGGCUUGUUGGAGCUUCAUGCAGAGGAGAUACUACAAGUGAAGAAUACUGCUAAGCAAACAGAUGACCAUCAUACUAAUAUGAUGUUGUUCUCUUUGUUGUCACUCUGAUAUCAAUCUCCUGAAAUUAAAUAAAACAAUCAGCUGUG